AUGAACCUCACAACUCGCGCCCAGUCAAAGUCGCAAUCGAAAUCGCAAUCGCCCAGUGACGACUCCAAGGCAACAACGCCACAGCCCCAGAAGCCCAAUUCGCCACGCCCAUCCAGCGCAAAUCGCAAAAAGUCCUCCGAAAUCGCAGACACAAAAGCGAAGAGAACCCGUACUGGCUGCCUUACUUGUCGCGAAAGACACUUGAAAUGCGAUGAAGCAUUGGGGCGAUGCUUGAAUUGCCGCAAGUCGGACAGAACAUGCCGGCGCGGCGUUCGGUUGAAUUUUAUCGACAUCCAGACCGUUGCGCCUCCGCAUACCAUCACGCGCGCUCAAGGCGCAAAGCUAACAUUUCGCGAUGACUCGCGGAUUAUCGCAUCUGAGUACGUCGGAGGUUUUGAAAGAUACCCGCCGCCGCAGCCAGACAGCCCUAUUCAAGAAAGGCGACAAAUCCAGCAUGAGGCUCUGAAUUUCAUGGGGCCAGAUCAGCUGGCUAGUCUUUUUCAGUCGGUCGCUCAUUCUUUUGAUCCUUCUGAAUUUAAUAUACCGCACUCUGCGACAACGGAUUUUCUUUUCGGGACUGAUCCAUGGCAUGACCCACAUCUUGGGCAUGGUGACGAACUGCUUCCUCAUGGUACAUCGCAUUUCGCUCAGAAGUUGGCGAUGAAACAGUAUAGCUCUGCAUCUUUCACUGAUCCUGAGCAAACUUUCCUUUUGCAAUUAUUCGUGGAAGAGGUCGGCCCGUGGAUAGACUCGAUGGAUCCAAUGAGACAUUUUACGCAAAUACUACCACUGCAUGCCAUAGACGAGCCAAUGCUGCUCAAGGCGCUUGUGGCUUGUGGCGCACGGCACGCUUCUCUUAUCGACCCUUCGUACGGGGUGGAAAAAGUACACCACUACUACGAUGCGGCCAAUCAGGAUCUUUUGCAUGCUGUCCAGGAUCCAGAUCGUGACUCGGUGUUAUGUGCCACGGUUGCACUACUUCUUGGUAUCUAUGAGAUGAUGGCUUCACAGCCACUCACAAAUCAUAUUUCCGGAUCCAGAGCCUUGAUUCGCGAAUGUGGGUGGAUGGCAAAGACACCCAGUCUAGGCGGAUCCUGUUUCUGGAUUAGCGUUAGCAUGGAGGUUCUUCAUUGUCUAAAUCAUACAUGUCCACUAUCUUGGAACCCAGAUACAUGGGGAGUCGAUAUGCAUAUGGAUCAAAUACAGCCAUUCUAUAAGGGCGAUGAUCAAUGGCUUCACCGUAUCAUUUACAUUUGUGCCAAAAUCGCAGACUUUCGAUUUUCCACACAACAUUUACAAUCACUGAAUGAUCCCUCCAAAAGCACUCAACUCAACGAAGUAGUGCAGGAGUGGAAUCACUAUAAUGGCUUGUGUGAGCAGUGGGCCAAUUCCAUACCACGAUCGAUGAAGCCCCUCAGCACUAUACAGCCGUGGCAGACCGAACAGAAGUCGAAAUUUCCGAAUAUUUGGAUCCUUAAGCGGCCAGCCAUUAUCUCUCAACUUUACUACCAUAUCGCGUGCAUUGUUUUAGCCAGGGCCCAUCCUAUGGCGUCCUCGCUACAUCUGGAAAUGAGAAAAAUGCAGCAACCACACGCAUACAGCGUAUGCGGCCUCGCUGCCAAUCUAAAAGACCGAGGCAUGUCAAAUAUAUCGAUUCAAUGCUUGACUAUUGCUGCAGAAUCUCUGGAAGCUCGAAAUGCCCAGGAAGAAGUCCUGGACAUACUGGAUGUGAUCACCAGAAACACUCACUGGAAUCUCGAAUCAAUCAAAGAACGAUUGAAACGCCACUGGGGUUGGUCGCAUUCGGAAACUGUAGACCCUGCACAUAUGCAUAACGAUUUUUAUGAUCUGGAUCCGACUUUGACCAUUCAUGGAUCUGAAUUUCCGACUGGAAUUGCAAAUCCUCUUCUGGACUCGGGUGAUUUCUCCAUGGAAAACCAUCCAUAUCAGGGGUAUUAUGUUGCUCCGCAUCAUCAAGGUCUGGGUCAAUACAACUACAGCUCUUAUCUUCUUUGA